UUUGAUUGGUCAAAACGGCCUGGCACCUGACCUUGACAGUGAAUUUUUGCAAACAUUAGAAACCGAACGUUUUUCUUGCAACAGAAAGAAUCUAUAGAAUUAACAUUGAUAUUUAUUAAGGUGAAGAUAUUGUUGAACGAUUAUACCAAGUAUUCUGAAUGUUGAGACUAAGAAUUCUGUCUGGUAGAUACUUGAAACAGCCUUAGAUAUUUAGUCAGGUUAACAGACAAUACAGAUGUUACUGGUAGUAUAGGAAAUGAAACUGUACAAUAAUGUUAAUACCAUGACAGAUACUCCUAGUUCUACAAAAGGUCUUCCAAUAAAUGGUUCUAUGGAUAAAAUGAAAAAAUUAUUGAGUCCUGGGGCCCGAAAGAAAGUUUUCUCUAACGUCAACCGAACUUUUGGUGUUCAUUUGGAUGAUUUAUUAGCCAGAGAGGGAAAUAAAUACAAAGUGCCUUUUGCUGUAAUGAAAAUAUGUGAAACCAUUGCUGAGAAAGGUUUGGAUCAAGAGGGUAUAUUUAGAGUCAGUGGAAGUUCCAAGAUUAUUGAAAAGUUACGAGGAGAGUUUGAUCAGCGAGGGGAUGCUAAUCUAGAAGAAGAUGGAGACAUAGCAGCUGUGGCUGGCGUGCUGAAACUAUUCCUGAGAGAACUACCAGUACCGCUUGUACCAGAGAACAGGACUCAACAGUUUGUCUGUAUACAAGAUGCUUACCAGAAUGAUAUAAAAGCUUGUUUGUACCAGUUAAAGCAGUGUUUACAUGAUAAUCUACCAAAGGAACAUUACAACUUACUAAAGUAUUUGUCUGGUUUUCUGAUUACCGUAGCUAAACAUGAGAAACAGAACAAAAUGACUGCUAUGUCUCUUGCCAUUGUGUUUGGACCAAAUAUAUUUAGAUGUGCACAGGGAAUUGAUGGUUUGAGGGACCAAGGUGCUAUAAACCAAGUAGUGUAUAAGUUCAUAGCUCAUUACAAUAGUUUAUUUAGGGAUGAAAAUGAAGAUCCACCAGAGUUACAAUGGCUGAGGAAAAACCAGAAAACACCUCCUCCUCCUCGUCCUCCCCCACCUAAAGUUUAUAUUGAGGAUAAACCUGUACCAUCACCAAGGAAGAUUCGUCAUGAGAAUUACGACAGUGUUCAUUACCAGGAUGGUGAGGAUAUUGAACAUAACGAUCACAGCGAAACAUCAUCAAGUCUGACUGUAGGAAGAGGAAAUAUCCAUAGUCCUAUGUUUAGUGAUGAUGAAAUCACAGGAAGGGCUGCUUCUCCAUUCAUAUUGGACAGUGAUGGAGGAUACAGUAUUAUAGAAUCUCCAGUCCCAUCUGCCAGAACAUCCAAAGUCGUACAGCAUGCCAUUACCAAAGCCAUAACUAAUAAUUUGUUUGGAGAUGAAGAUGAUACAGAGGCUGAAGAUGACCAUCAUAAAGAUAAUUCUCAUGAAGAAGCACUUAAAGUAGAGCACUUAGACGAUGGGCUAAUUGAGACUGUUGAACCUGUGCCAAUCAUGGAUAGAAUCAAAGCUUUUCAGAAAGACCCAGAAAAAAUGGAAGUAGAUCAAGUUGUCAAACCUUUGAAGGCCAGACCUGUGUCAAAAGCUUUUGAUUUAUUUGAAAGCAGAGGAAUAAUGAUAGCACAGGCUCCAACAAGUAUUGCUGAUAUUCAGAGUAGCAGCAAUGAAGAUAAGGAAGCAUCACAACAAAGAGUUGAAGAAUUUAUUAAUGAUGAUGAUAGUGAACAGGAUCCAUUUGAAGUAGUAAGAAGAAAUUCCACUGAACCUCUGCCAUCUUUUAAAAGAACCUCUGGACCUUUAAAUAGGAGAUCCCCAUCAAGGAGGAAGUCAAGAGGGAGCACUGGAGAUGAAGAAGAAGAAACGCCAAGUGAAGAUGUUCCAGUCCCAGUGAAACACAACAAAAUGUCAGAAGAUUUGGACCUUAUCAUGGAGACACCAUCCAAUAAUAACCAGGAAAAUGAGGCUGAUGGUGAUAUGAAUCACAACCAUCCCAAACCAAGAGUUGCUUUCUUAGAACUAACCAAUAACAGAGAAGAGAUAGAGAAACGAGGUUCUCCUGAUAUGUCUCCUAGUAGAUCGCCAAGUAACAGUCGUAAACCAUUCAUUCCUCCAUUGGAUUUGUCUACACUCCAUCAACAUGUGGAUAGUACAGAUCCAAUUUUAGCCACUAAAGGACAUUCUGUCUCAUAUCUUCGUGCCAAAAACCAGGUGAAUGGUGAUGAUGUCAUGGUAUCACCAAGAACCCAUAAAUUAAAGAAAAACAAAACUAGCUGGACAGAAUUUGAAUAUGAUGAGGAGGGACCACUUUCACCAAGUGCUUGCCUCCCAAACAGUGUACAUAACAAUACAGAUUUCCCUCCGUCUCCACCUGUUGACCAAGACAUGUAUAGAAAACACAGUACAGGAAGUAUUGAUGAUGAUUUUUCAGUCAAACAUAAACAGAUUAUCAAGAAAAUACAAGCCAUUAAAAAGAAGAUAAAACAUUUUGAAGAAAGUUUUGAACAAGAGCAAGGAUUUAAGCCAUCUCAUGCAGACAAGAUUAGUAGAGUGGAAGUAAAGAAAUGGUUGGCUGAUUUAACCAAGGCCAAGAAAGAUCUCAGAAAACUGAAAGAGGAAGCCGAGAUGGGAAGUAGAAGUCGUCAUGGUAGUGGUGCUUCAUCCAGUGGAGAAAGGAUGGAUCCUCCUGACCUACCCCCAUCUAUGGAACAGACUCUAAUACUAAUACUCAGAAAGUUAAAGGAAAAGAGGAGGGAAAAUCAGAGACCAGAGGAUAUUGAAUUAAUGAACAGAGAUCAGGUCCAGGAAGAGAAGCUGGCGGUUCAGAAGGCAUUGCUACAUUUUGAGAGUAUACAUGGUAGACCUAAAUCUAAGGAAGAUAAAGAUUUGAUGAGGCCUCUGUAUGAUAGAUAUAGACAGAUUAAACGUCUCAUUACCAAACCAAUGUCUCCUAGAGAGAAGAUGGAAUUACAGACAGUACCAGAAGAUGGUCCAAUUGAUCUCAUAGAUCCUGUAGGCUCAAAAUUUGUUUCAAGAAAUCCAAUUAUCUUGCCUCGUGUAGACAUGGAGGAAGAGGAACAAAUUGAUGACAUUUUAGGAACAAUGGACUUUGCUGUGACAAGAGACUUUUCUGUGUUACGUGAUAAUGGAAGGACUAAUAUUUUAGAUCAUAAAAAUGGACAUUCUCCUAAAGUGAAACGGAAAUUGAUUAUUGACGAAGAAUCAGAGGAAACAACAGAGGCUAAUCUUCAUGAAAUGAAUUUGUCACAACUGCAAGAUGAAUUAUUCAACUCUAAAUCAGAAAAGAAGAGAUUAAGAAGACUUCUUAGAAAUUUUGAGGAAGAUUUUAUACUGAGGACGGGGAGAAAAGUACAGAGAGAUGAUAGAGAACCUCUACAAACAGAAUAUCAUGAAUAUAAACAAAUCAAAGCCAAAUUAAAACUGCUGGAUGCACUCAUAUCAAAAUACCAACCCUCAUCAGAUUUAUAGCAUUACCUUCAACACUCAAUGUUGUAGGCUUAAUGGCAUUAAUGUUCCGGGUACAGGUGACACAAAUCUGUUAUGGACGAUUUAACACAAAGGAUACAAAUCAUAUAUUGGAAACUUUGAUAACGAGAUUCUCAUUGACCAAAGUCGUUUGUAAAACGUGUACUCGUCUUGUUAACUCAGUGUUAGAAGUAUUAGAUCAGAUCAACGUUGGAAACAUUUGUAAAUGCUAGUGACACUAGAAAUAUUAGUACGGAUCAUCUUUGGAAACAUUUGUAAAUGCUAGUGACACAUUAAUAUCAGAUCUCUUGGAAUAGUGCUUAUUUUGAUAUCAAAGAUAUUGACAGACAUCAGAAUAUUCAGCAUUGCUUUGAAAGAUAGAGGAGGAAGUUUAUUUUAACGAGAUAUUUGUAUGAGUCAGCAAAUUGUUUUACACUGAGCUGUGAUAUUGUAAUAGUUAAAAGAAAUAAACUUGUAGGCAUAGUAAUUUGUUCAGGCAAUAUCUAAUCUUUGAAUCCAUAUCUAUGUUAACAUUUUUAUUCAUAUGUAAAAUGGUAUAUUUUUAUCAUUAGAUUUGUAGCACAAUUAAGGAAUUGGAGAAAAUAGAUUCUUGUAUUUUUAUGCCAAAAAUAUUUUUGAAAUGUGGCUAUUUUUAUGGAGUUUUGUUUUAUUUUAACUUUGCGAAAGUCUGUAUAUCUGCAGUGAUUGUUUACUAUGUCGUUUUACUUUCAUUUCAAACAUUAAAUAAAAACUCUGAGAAAAAAAUGUUUCAGUAAAUUAUGUAGCCUGUAUUUGAUGGAAUCAAGAAUGUUGGUGAAUUUAUCUGAGAUUGAAAGAAUCUUUAUGUAAGGUUGUUAAUGUGUGUUUAUGUAAUAUGAAAAAUGUAAUGGUGCUUUAUGUCUGACAGAUGAAUAUGUACCACACACCCACUUUAUCAUACCUAGUACAUCUACAAAAUUUUAUUUUAAUAAGGUUAUAUGUUAGGAAUUAAGACCAUAGUAGGGAAUUUUUUUAUUUGUUCCAUUUGGCCAAAAAUAAGUAAACCAGGGAAAAUUAUUUAAUGAGAAUAUCUUUCAUCUGUAUUAAUAAUCAACCACUAAAAAAAAUUGUUGUAUCCUUAUAGAUGCAAAUUUUCUUGACUGAUGAACUUCAAAAUUUAAAAAAAAAAAAUAAUAAUAAUUGAUUGGGUGUUCUCCCUUAAAAAAAAACCUUUUUUCAAGUCCUUGAUACUAUUUAAAAAGAUGAUGAUUAAGAGAUGCUGUUUUUGAUUGGUUAUUUGAAGACAAAUGUGAUUGGGCACAAAUAUAACUGUGUGAUAUGAAUUUGUUACAUGAAGGCUGUGAUUGUUUUGUUGUAGGCAGCUAAGAACUGUGUAUAAUCUGUAUUUAAUCAACUGUCAACUACAUAUAAGAGUAAGAUUUUAGUUUGUAGUUUACAGUUUAUAUAAGCUUUAAUAUUCAUGUAUUAUAGCCAAACAAAGAUGCAGUUUGUGCCAAAAAACUAGCCCAUAGCCUAUGGACUCUGAAUAUUUGCUUGAGCUAAUGGAAAGAAAUUUUUUCGAAAACUUACAAUAUAAAAGUGAUUUCUUGAAAACAGAUCUCAGGCUGGUACAUAUGGAGGUUUUUGGCACAGACUGAGAAUGUUCUAAUUGGGUACCGACAUGAAAGCACUUCUUACAUUGCACAACUAAAGGGAACAAAUAUUAGUGAAGACAACAGAAUUCUGUGUCUCUGUAACUUGUAAGGUUGUUUUAUUUGUUUUGAUGUUAUUUUCUUUUGUAAAUGAAUUUGAAUGUGUGAGAUGGGAUUUCAGAUCAAGAGAAAGAGAGUUAUCUGAAUAUGAUGGGAGGAUUUAUAAACUGUUAGUCAAAUAUUUGUUUAUGUCGCAACAAAAAGGUUUAUAACCUUUCAAACAACUGACAGUUUUUAAAUAUUUAUUUAAUAAAUAGUAUGACUUGACCUACGGUCAUUUUCUGAAAUGCAUAUACAAUUAAAAUUAAAUUGAAUUCCAUUUGAAAUUAUUACUUGUACACAAGAAAAAAAAUAAUAAUAGCAAAACAUCAUAAUGCAAACUUGACAUCGAAAAUGUAAGAAGAAGUGCCAUUUUAAUUGUCUUUAGUGUAUUGUGCCAUGAACCACACAACAAUGAAAUCUUAUGAUAUUUUUACAGCAGUUGAGUGUCCCAUAUUAUUUUUUUAAACUUUGGUUGGUAUUAUUUAGUGAUGGUGUAAGAAAACCAUGAAUUUAAAAAUAAAUUCUAGCAAAUAAAGUGUGAUAAAACUGUAUAAUAGUUGGUUUGAUGUCCAAUACUGCUGUGAAAAUGUUUAUAAGAUUUCUGUUAUAAGGGAUCAAGGGAUCAAGUAAUAUUGGGAAUAGAGGAACAAAGAAUGAAUGCAGGUAUAUAUAUAUCUUAUUUGUCAUUUUCAUGUAAAAAUCAUGUGUGUAGACCAUUUCUAUUUAAAGCAUAUACGUUUCAUUCCAAAACUGAUGAGGUAAACAAUUUCAGAAAAGGUUUUAAAAGAUAAAGUGUAUUUUGUAUUUCAGUAUUUUAUUUCACAUCCGUCCAUAUUCUUGCUAUGUUUUUAAUUUCCUUACUGUGUGUUCACUAUGUUUUGAAAACCAUUCAUUCUUUAUUAUUUGAAGAAAAAAAAACUUUUCACCUAAUAAAUGUUUAACAUUUUGAAAAGAUUUUUUAUUUCAUUAUUUUCUUUUCAUCAAUAGUGCUUUUUGACAAGUCCAAGCUUUUUUUCCCAUACAACAAUUUUCAUAAAUCAGAAAAUCAUCCAGAUGGUUGAGGCAAAAAGCAGGGUAUUUAAAUCAGGUUUUAUUUGACAAACAUAAUCCAUGUGUGAUGCAUUCUUCAUGGAAAUUUUUCAUACAUGUGUUAAACAAAUUUUACCAUAAACUUAGCAUAAGAGAUUAAGAUAUGAAAUUGCUUCUCAAAGACCUGUUCUGUUGUGAAACGAAAAUCAAAGAACAGGUUUCCAUAAAUUUUUUAGUUACAUGCAAAAUUAAUCCGCUUUCACAUUGCAAUGCACAGUAUUUUAAUGUGUGAGGUCAUUGUUUGUGGUGGUCAUCAUGGAAUAUUUUACCAUGGCUUUAUUGGUUUUGAUGUAACAGCAUGCCAUUUAAUAAUAUGAAAAAUUAUCAUAUAUUGUAAAUUUAAGUGCUCAACAGAUCAUUGUCAAACAGGAAAACUUUUCACUUAAUUAAUCCAAUGAAUUUGUCAUAUCAGUGUUCUUUUUUCAAUUCAAUAAAUGUAAUGUUAAAAAAGAAAUGUUCAAUAUUCAUGGUUUCAAAUUUCUCUGAUUAUCUUGGAUUAGAUGUAAAGUAGAGAAAGAAAGGAGUAGUUGGUAUGUUCACAAAUUACCUGCUUAGUAGCCAUGGAGUAUUUGUAAACUCAUGUAGAUUGUAUGUCAUGUAUUGAAUUAUUUUGAUUAGAUGAAGAAAAAGAAACAUUGAGUUAUAGUAGACUAAUACAAAGGGUAACUUAUUAUUAAAUGAGAGAAGGGUAGUAAUGCCUUGGUUCAUAGGUAGAAAGGUUAUUCAUUUUAUUAUUUCAUUUUAAAGGCUAAACCCCAUUAAAGUUAUUGCACUAGUUCAUUAUCAUUCAGAGUUUGUUGGUAUGUAGUCAGUCAUCAGUUGUCAUGAACUAUUUUUAUUAUUGUUGAUAUCAAAUAUAUAUGAUACAUAUUUGUAUAUAUUUAGUUUUUUGUUUUAUUUAUUUAUAAAAUUAGGGCAUAUGAGCAACAUAUGUUAAAGCAUAUAUUUUGUAUUCAAUUUUUAUCAUGAAACUGUUGUUGAAUGCGGUUUUCAAAGUUGAUGAUUUUUAUUUAAACACUAAAUAGCACAAUGUGUUUUUCUCACAACGAUUAUGUUAGGAACAGCGUCAACCAGAGAUUGUUGUCUAGAGGAGAAAGAAUCCACUUUUGUUAUUUUAAUUCUUGGGACAUACAAGUUGUCAGAUAGAAUAAAAUUUUCAGCAAACUUCUUUCUGAUCAUUUGCAAAAUACAUUGGGAUUUUUGUUUUAAGUUAGAUAAGUCUUGAAAGCUUCUUGGAUACUCUUCAUUUUAUGUAUGUUUUGGAUUCAUAGACUUGUUAAGACUUAUGGCUUUACAUAUAGGUUUUGUAUUUGUUAUCAACAAUAUUUUGUACCAGAAAACAGUAUAUCAUUCCUUUUUGUCUUCAGAAUAGGGCAAACAGUACCACAUUGUAGAACAGUCUUUCUAGUUUGUAUAUUUGUUACAGUGCUAGUUUUGUAAUGAUAGCUUUACUUGUUUUAAAUGUUAAUUUGUUCUUCACAUUGAAAAAAAAUAUUUUCAUAAAGUUUUAUGCAAAAUAUGCUGUAAUAAUAAAUUGUUGCUAAAAAUGUUAA